AUGUCUCUGACCAUGACAAAACCUGAUGACUUAAGCCACGAAAUGUAUUUCCACCAAGAAUGCGAUCUUUUCCAAAGAGCCCUAGAGAGAGAAGCGCUCUCUCUUCAUCUGUUGGAGGAUCGCCGGGAAGACACCUGUCAAACCCUUUGCGAUCUGAUUGUCGAGUUGGAGAUCAUUAAGCACCUUGCUGUAAUCAUGGCGAAGAAGUCGCCAAAGUGUGCAACUGUCCUGAUCAGUCCCCCGGGAUUCUUCCUAGGUGAAUUUCAAGAAUACUGUCACACUAAGAUUUUGCCGAUUCUCGUAGCGGCGUUGACCUGUCUUCGCGAGUGUGAGUACCUCUAUUCUGGUGUUAAUUUCACUAUCGCUGCUUGGUUGGAGUCGAUUCAUGAGGAUUUGUCCUUUGUUCUGGAUAGUCGGGAAUAG